UUAAAUAUAUGUAAGCGUUGACAAUAUGUCGGUGGCUAUCUUUUUUUGUACUUUGGUCUUCGGUGUUUGUGACGUAUUACGCGACACUGCUAUCCAUAUGAGUUACUCGUAUGCUGCUAGCUAAUGAUUAAUAAUUAUGAUAAUGAUAAAAGAUAAUAAAUGGUGGAGGUAUGUGGUUGCCAGGUUCGAGUAUUUUACAAAGAUAUAAUCUAGACUCUUGACUCGGUAUCAGCAAAGAGGAUAUUAGUUUAUCCUCUUUGGUAUCAGAGUUGUGACGUGAAUGGGAGGAAUAGGAGGUGUGUGCCGUUCUAAGUGUUGGUAUAGGUUAUAAAUUAUAGUCGUCGUUUCGUGUUUACUGUUUGUAAUUUAUUAAACAAGAAUGGAAAAAGGAGAGUCAGCAAUGCCUUUAAUUGGAGUUAUAGAUGCUGGGACAAGAACUGUGAAAUUUUGUGUUUUCCGAAGUCAGCAUACUAAAGAAAUAAUAGAGCACACUAUCGAUAUCACCACAUACACCCCCAAAGAAGGGUGGUCGGAACAGGAUCCUAAGGAAAUAUUAAGUGCUGUAAGGACUUGCAUGGAAAAUGUCGUUAAAAACUUAGGAUCAGAAAGUAACAAAAUAGUCACAUUGGGGAUAACGAAUCAAAGGGAAACGACCAUAGUAUGGGACAAAACGACAGGGGAGCCCCUUCACAACGCGAUAGUGUGGAAUGAUAUAAGGACCAACACUACCGUGGACAUAAUAUUAGCAAAGGUACCGGAAAACAACACAAAUUACUUUAAACCGAUAUGCGGGCUUCCUAUAUCUCCAUAUUUUAGUGCUUUCAAACUCAAGUGGCUUAUGCAUUAUGUCCCUCAAGUAAAAAAGGCGAUGAAAGCCAAGAAGUGCCUUUUUGGAACAGUCGAUACGUGGAUACUAUGGAACUUAACGGGUGGAGUAAACGGCGGCAAGCACAUAACAGACGUCACAAAUGCCUCUAGAACAUUCCUUAUGAAUAUAGAAUUAUUAAACUGGGAUCCGGUGUUAUUACACACGUUUAAAAUACCUCCAGAGAUCCUUCCAGAGAUCAGGAGCAGUUCAGAAAUUUACGGUAAAGUUGCUGAAGGGUUUCCCCUAGAAGAUAAACCUAUAUCUGGGAUUUUGGGGAACCAGCAAGCAUCCCUGGUAGGUCAAAGCUGCAUGAGAGAAGGGCAGGCUAAAAACACUUACAGGAGUGGAUGUUUCCUUCUCUACAAUACCGGGACAUCAAGAGUACAGUCGACUCAUGGGCUAGUGACGACGGUUGCAUACAAAUUUGGAAAUACGCCAGCUGUGUACGCCUUAGAAGGUAGCGUGGCGGUCGCUGGUGCGGUCAUGAAAUGGCUGAGGGACAACAUGGGCUUCAUAAAGGACGUCCAACAAGACACCGAAUCCUUAGCCCAGGAAGUCUUUAAUACCGGAGACGUAUACUUUGUACCUGCCUUUAAGGGUCUUUACGCCCCAUAUUGGACGAAAGAUGCAAGAGGGAUCAUCUGCGGCCUGACGGCUUUUUCCACGAAGCAGCACAUAAUCAGGGCUGCACUCGAGGCUGUGUGCUUUCAAACUAGGGAUAUUUUAGAGGCUAUGAGAAAAGACUGCGGCAUACCACUUUCUAAAUUACACGUGGACGGGAAGAUGACCACAAACAACCUGCUCAUGCAGUUGCAGGCCGAUAUUGGUGGUACACCUGUCAUAAGGGCGCAAUCGCAAGAUAUAACCGCUUUAGGCAUGGCCACCGCGGCAGGGGCGGCGGAAGGUAUCGACGUGUGGGACAUCAACCCGGAAGAACGCGAAUUAGUGCCUAGUGAUACAUUCCUUCCCACGUCUACAGAAGAUGAGAGAGAUGCGAGGUAUACGAAAUGGAAAAUGGCGGUUCAGAGGUCGCUGGGAUGGUCGUUAACGAAAAAGUCGUCUGCUAUGACAGAGGAACGCUACAAGCUAUUAGCAAGUAUACCCGGAAGUAUGUACCUUAUUAUAAGCUUCAGUUUAAUAGCGCUAUCCCAAUACUUAUCAAAAGAAAACCUAUAAUGGCCUUAGAGAAUUUUUAAAAGAAUUUACUAUUAUCGAGCCAGGCUGUUGAACCGGGAAGAUUUCUGAUAUAAUUUCGUCUUCUAACUUAUCGGAGGAACAUGACACCACACAACCACUUUUUUUAUUUUAUAACUUGUACCGAUAUUUUGAGAUAUCGUCAGUCUUAAUUUAUAUCGACGUUGACUAUUCUAGAAUGAAGGUGUACUUACACGUUUUGUUGAGGCUGUUCUUUUUUAUUUUACAGUAGGUGUUAUCAAAGAUUUUGUUAUGUUUUGUGGAUAUUAAAACAAGUUGAAAGAA